AUGUUGCUGAAGCCCAAGGAGGAUGCGGGCGACAGUCAAACCGACGCUGAUGUACGCGGCCUUCGAAAGAUUCGAGCUCAGAGCCAUUGGACAUGGCGACCACUCACACUCAUUACCACGGCGCUCGCCCUUUUGUCGCUCUCUAUCAUCCUUCGCUCCUCACUCAAGCUCCAAGUCGAUCCUCAAGGAUGCGUCAUGUCGAUGAUGAGCCCAACGUACAUCAAACUAUCCGGCUUCGAUACGGAACACUCGCGCUUUGCGACAAAGUACUCUCUGUACCUUUAUCGGGAAGAGGGGGUAGAUGAUUACACACAAGAUAAUAUUGGGUUGAGAGGAGCACCAGUGCUCUUCAUCCCAGGCAAUGCUGGGAGCUACAAACAAGUCCGGUCCUUAUCUUCCGAAGCCUCCCGUUACUAUUUCAAUGUCCUCCGACACGACGCCAAUCGCGUCAAAGAGGGUGUAAGAUCCUUCGACUUCUUCACAAUUGAUUUCAACGAGGACUUGUCAGCUUUUCAUGGCCAGACGCUGUUGGACCAGGCCGAGUAUGUGAACGAAGCUGUGGCAUACAUCCUCUCUUUGUACCACGACCCGAAUCGACUUCGGCGUGACCCAUCAUUACCCGACCCAAGCUCUGUUAUACUCAUCGGGCAUUCUAUGGGUGGAAUAGUGGCGCGCACUGUACUUGUGACGCCAAAAUACCAGGCAAAUUCGGUCAACACCAUUAUCACCAUGUCCACCCCUCAUGCGCGUCCGCCAGUCACGUUCGAUGCAGACGUCGUGUCUCUGUACCAGCAAGUGAAUGAAUACUGGCGUGAAUCGUAUCUGCAGAGAUGGGCAAGCAAUAAUCCGUUAUGGCACACAACUCUGAUCUCAAUUGCUGGUGGUGGACGAGACACCACAGUCCCGUCAGACUACACCAAUAUUGCGUCUCUGGUUCCAGAAAGCCAUGGAUUCACCGUCUUCACCUCGAGCAUUCCAAAUGUCUGGACGUCCAUGGACCAUCUUGCAAUUACUUGGGCGGAUCAAGUGCGGAAGGUCAUUAUAAGGGCCUUGUAUGAUGUUGUUGAUGUUCGUCGUGCUGGACAAACGAAGCCGCGUGCGCAACGGAUGAAAAUCUUCAGAAAGUGGUUUCUCACCGGCCUGGAAGAGGGAUCAUCCAAAAGUCUUCGAGACACGCCGCACGAGGUUCUUCUCACCUUAGGCGACGGAUCAAAGUCUUCCGUUGCCAAAAGUAACAAUGUCACGUUUCGCCAAAUUGGUGCUCAAGAUGAAAUGUCUGCGGUUUUGUUGCCCAUUCCCGUCGUGGACAAUACCACCGCAAAACGCUUCUCUUUUCUGACCGAUCAGCAAAUGGACGCCCAAGGCAGUUUCGAAAAGAUGGAAGUCUUGUUUUGCAGUGCAUUUCCUCUCGCGUCAGGCUUGACCUCAAUGCCACUGCCUGUUCAAUUUGAUCUUUCGUCUGGCGACGCCAGCGCGACACGAUUGGCCUGCAAGAAACCCAUCGGAGACAACAUACAGCUUCCAGCGUCCACUAGGCUGUCUCAGUUCUCAUUUGAUCAACCACCCAACCCUUUCACAUAUCUAAAUUACGACCUCCGAGAUCUGCAGGAUCACCAAUUUGUGGCCAUCGUGGACAAGUCUACUGAGAUUAGCAACAACUGGGCUUAUGCUGAGAUCGUGUCCGACUCCGAGUCUAUGAUCGAUUCUGAUGUCGGUCUUCCGCGGUUGCUUCUUCGAGGCAUCAAUGUCGAGCUUCCGCCGAACCGACCGGUGGUGACGGACAUUCGUGUCUCGUCGAUCCGAUCCAGCCUGUUGACUUAUUCACUUCAAGUCCGCCAACAUGGUUGUGGUGCGGAUACCGAGCUCUUUACACCUUUGGUUCGACAACAUAUUGAGAAUCCGCACGAGUCGAAAUAUUUUGUCAACUUCAAACAGGGCGACGUCAAUCUUCAUGGAGUUGCCCCUUUCAUGCCACCAACGCUGGACGGUCGCGAACCCCAUGCUGGUGUUGCUUUUCAAAUCUGGUCUGACCCUACGUGCAACUCUUCGCUGGAGAUUCGCCUGCGAGCAGAUCCUAUUGGCAGCUUGGGAAAACUUGUGGUCAGAUACAGGACUGUCUUUGCAGCGUUCCCCCUGUUGGUUGUUGCUAUGGUCCUGCGGAAACAAUUCAGGGUCUAUGACAGCUCAGGUGUCUUCAUUUCGUUCUCGGAAAGCUUGGACCAGAGCCUGAGGCUGCCACUGCCAGUUUUGUUGCUCUCGAUGACCUUCUUUGCUACUGCGUUUACCUCAGCGAGCUCCGCCAGCACACGGUCUGACAGCCACCAACAGAAAAACGGCACAGCUGUCGACUACACGCAGAAUGAUCUCCUUCUUGGAUCACAGGACACAUUUUUCUGGUUUCUCGUUCCCUUGGCCGGUCUACUCAGCGUCGGCGCAUGCGUCAUCUUGAACUACGCAAUUCUUGCGUUGCUCGAUCUUUUCGUCACCAUCUCCGGCUUACUUUCUCAGCGUUAUGUCAAGAUUGACGACAGCGAAAAGGGCAUCGCUUCCGCCUUUGUUGCGAGCACCCCUCGACGCCGCGCCAUCAAUACCGCUGUUCUUUUAUUUCUCGUUGCAACUGUUAUACCCUAUCCGUUUGCCUACGUUGUGGCCUGCAUUGUACAGCUUAUGACUUGCACACGAGCGUUGCGCUGCGCAAAAGAGACCAAUGCUGGACCGGCGCAUAAUUUCUUCAACUACACUUACUCGAUACUCAUUCUAAUGCUUUGGGUCUUGCCUAUCAAUUUGCCGGUCUUGGUUGUCUGGAUACAUAAUAUGGCGGUGCACUGGUUGACGCCGUUCUCAUCACACCAUAAUGUCUUGUCGAUAGCGCCAUUCAUCCUCUUGGUCGAGACUCUCUCAAGCGGGAUGAUGGUGCCAUCUGUACGAUCUCUCAGAUGGGCAACAAACUUAUUGUUCUUUGCGUUGGCAGUCUAUUCGGCGUUGUACGGCAUGACCUACGCUUACAGGUUACAUUACAUUGCGAACAUCAUUGCUUUGUGGCUGGUUCUAUUACAUUUCUCGAACUACCAACGGCGCACUUCUACCUAG